GUCAAAACAGUGAAGAAGUAUGAGGUCUCUCAUUGGGUGUAUUCUGUUCAGUCUGGCGACUGCAGUUCUCUCUGUGCCGCUUUCUGAAGUUUCUAUGGAAGAUGAAAGUUUUGCAAAGAACUACCUGAAGAAAUUCUUCAACCUCACAGAGGAGGAGGGUCCAGCUGUCAGAAGGGGCAUCAGCCCACUGAACAAGAAGCUGGCUGAGAUGCAGAGAUUCUUUGGUCUCAAGAUCACCGGGUCUCUGGAUGCUGACACUUUGGCCAUGAUGAAGAAGCCCCGCUGUGGGGUUCCCGAUGAACAGGUCGCUCGUUUCUCCAUCUUUGGAAAUAACUUCAAAUGGCAGAAACGCAGCCUCACAUACAGGAUAGAGAACUACACACCUGACAUGUCUGUGGCAGAGGUGGAUUACUCCAUAGACAAAGCUCUGCAGGUGUGGGCCAAAGUCACUCCACUGAAGUUCCAAAGGAUCUACAGCGGCAUUGCUGAUAUUAUGAUCUCUUUUGUUCGCUGGGAACAUGGUGAUUAUAAUUCCUUUGAUGGGCCCGGUAAGACUCUCGCCCACGCCUUUGCUCCCGGUGAUGGUCUUGGAGGGGAUGCCCAUUUUGACGAUGAUGAAUUUUUCACGUUCCGCUCAAACCGUGGCGUCGUCCUCUUCAUUGUCGCCGCCCAUGAGUUUGGUCACUCUCUGGGCUUAGCUCACUCCAGUGUCCCUGGUGCCCUAAUGUACCCAACGUACUCAUACAGAAACCCUGACACCUUUGUUCUGCCUCAGGAUGAUGUUAGGGGCAUUCAGUACCUCUAUGGUUCAAACUCUAGGAAGGAUCCCUCUGUGGAUGAUCCCAAACCUCCCACUACUCCUGAUGUCUGUGAUUCUACCAUGGUAUUGGAUGCUGUCACAACCCACAGAGGAGAGAUUAUCUUCUUCAAAGACAGCUUCUUGUGGCGUAGCUACCCUCAGAGCCAGACUCCACAGCAAAGCCUCAUCAGAAGCUUGUGGCCUAGUGCCCCUGUGGACAUCGAUGCUGCGUAUGAGAACCGACAGUUAGACACAGUGUUUCUGUUCAAAGGUCGCAAAGUGUGGGCCUUCACUGGCAACCAGCCCGUGCGGGGCUACCCUAAAACACUAACUGCUUUUGGUCUGCCAAAAGCAGUGAGGAAAGUCGAUGCUGCCCUUCAUGAUGUAAACUCUGGCAAAACCCUCUUCUUUGUAGGCAACAGUUACUUCAGUUAUGAUGAGUCCAGAAAGACUAUGGAGCAGGGAUAUCCCAGACUGGUGAAUCAGGCCUUUACAGGCCUGACCAGAAGAGUUACGGCAGCUUUCCAGCACAAAGGUUUUACUUACAUUUACAGUGGACCCUACAUGUAUGAGUACGACUUGGGGACUGGGACACUGCACCGUGUGUUGAGGAACAGUUACUUCCUGCGCUGCACGAACUCCUAGACGAUUCGGUCUUUGUUUUUACAGUAUGUAGUAAUUGUGCAAACUAAGACAAAAAUCUGUCAAAUCUGUAAACAAAGCGUACAGUAUUAUUCAAGUACUUCACUGAAAAUUUUUAAACUGCACUUUUCUCAAUUUCUUUUUAAAUAUAUAAUAAAAGUGGGGCUUAAGGAAUCAGUACUAUGAUCUAUAAAUAUAUGAUCUACACAUCCUUGCCUCUGCUAAAUUAUUUUGAUCCCAGAUGGACACGAAAUUGAACCACAGACCAAGUAGUAUUAUGUUAAAGGGGGAUUGAAUACUGGCAGGUUAGUAGCAUUGUGCUAUAGCGGCAGAAGGUAUGAGAUUGAUGAGCACUGCGUUAAGUAAUUUUGAGAAUAUUUUAUUGACCUUCUAAAUGCAGCUUCAAAUGUAUUUUCUAAACGUGUUUUGUUGUAAUUGCUCAAAUGACUUCAUUUUAAAAGGAGAAUUCACUAAUAAAUACACUAAAUGA